AUGCGUCGCUCUACCGCCCUCUUCGCUCUGGGCGCCUUGAGCUCUCCCGCCGCCGCCGCCUGGCUCAAGUCACAUCAAGAAUCAUCUUGGGAACCUCCCCGACAGACAGGCGCUUAUGGCCCAGAAGCAGGAGAACAACACCAAAUCGCCAUGGGAUGGUCACCUGUACCAACCGAUGCGCCUAAGCUUGCCGGCGCUAUGGAUCUGAAUUUUGCCCUUGGCAAACGAUCUCUAGGAGCCGACACAUGUGCGUUCAACGUAAUAGGAACUUGCAUUCCUUAUACUCUCUCUGUCGAAUCUUGCAAGUCUUUGACGGAUGCCCAUACCGUCUGCUGUGAUAGGAAUGCUCCUAGUUGCUUGACUCUGGCCGGCAAAACAAACGGCGAUGAUUACACCUUGUUUGUGUGUGACACCACUUCUGGUAGCUCCCCGCUUCUAUUUUCCGAUCCUUUGGCUUUCAGUUCGACAACAACCGGCGACGAUUCAUCCAUCACUGAGAACCCCUCUUCAACCACUGAUGACGGAUCAUCCACGACGACCAGCGCUGCAGCAACCUCGACCAGCGCUGAUAACGGUGGUGGCGGUAGCAGUACCAACGUUGGUGCCAUUGCUGGUGGUGUUGUCGGUGGUGUCGCUGCUCUCGCUCUCGUUGGCCUCGCUGGUUUCCUUCUCUUCCGCCGCCGCAGCAAGACAACUCCUGCUGCUGCUGCUGCUGCUGCUACACCCGGCGAUGGUACACAAAACCAACCUCCCAUGGCCCAAGGACCUCAGAGCCCAGGGCCUAGCUUCGUCCCCUCAUCGCCUUCCAACGCCGCCUACCCCUCUGGAGUCCCCUCAAACUACCAGAGUGGCUACCAGCAGGCAUACGACCCCUCAUUUGCGGCUCCCUACGGUCAACCCCAAGGAUACCAACAGCCUGGAUACAGCGGCUACUCUCCUCAACCCCAGAACUUCCAGGGCCAGUACCCUCAGCAAACGCAGUAUCCUUCUCAGUAUGGCGUCGGCGGCUACGGAGCUCCAUCCACAUCACCCCCUCCUCACUUCACGCCCAGCCCGGGUCCCAACAAGGACGGCCCCGAGGGCGCCCCUCAACAGCAUGCUCAGGAACUACCUGCUGUCCAACCUUUGGGAAAUGAGGGCAACAGAGCUGAGCUGAGCUAG